UAAAGCAGAAGAGGACAGGCUUUGAGAAGCCAUUCUUCUCAUUCAACAAAUAUUCUCCCAUGGCUCCUUUGAAAUCCCUCUUCUUUUCCUUUCUUUUGCUCUCUUUCUUGUUCGCUUCUGCUGCUUCUGAACCUUGUGGCAACCACUGGUUUGACGAAGGUAAAACCUUUGCCUCUUGCAACGACUUACCAUCGUUGAAUUGCUCACUUCAUUGGAACUACCACUCAUCGUCUCAAACAAUCGAGAUUGCGUUCAGGCGAAGCAGUGCUGAUCAGAAAUCAAAAUGGAUUUCCUGGGCUAUCAAUCCUGACUCAAAAGGCAUGGUGGGUUCACAAGCUUUGGUUGCCUUUCCAAGAGAUGAUGGAACCAUGGCGGCUUAUACUUCGUCCAUAACAAGUUACGCAACUCAGCUUGAGCAAGGAAACCUUAGUUUCCCUGUUGAUGGGGUUUCGUCCAUUGUUAAAGAUAACGAGAUGAUCAUCUUUGCGACUUUGACACUGCCUGCCAACACUACAACCGUGAAUCACCUCUGGCAAGAAGGACCCCUAGUCGGGAAUGUUCCUGGGAUGCACCGAUUGUCCGGUCCCAAUGUCGGUUCAAUGGGAACCUUAGAUUUUCUUUCCGGUAAGAUACUUGUAAACAAACCAAGUAGUUCAAGAAACCAUGGGAAAAUAGUUCAUGGAGUUUUAUGCGCAUUCGGAUGGGGUUUUCUAAUACCUGUUGGAGCUUUGAUAGCAAGGCAUGGCAGACAAUUCCUAGGGCCAGGCCCUGCUUGGUUUCAUGCCCAUAGAUUUUGUCAAUGCACAGCUUAUUUGAUGGGUUUGGCUGGUGGGAUCAUUGGUGUUUCGCUUUGGGUUGGAAUACUUGGAGUUGGAAUUGGUGCAGGAAGCCAUCAAUAUAUUGGAAUUACCGUUCUUUGCCUUGGAGCCAUUCAAGGGAUAGUAGGGUAUUACAGGCCUCACAAGGAAGACAAAAAGAGAGUCUACUUCAACAUUUUUCACUACUCAGUUGGCUAUGGAACCAUUGGCUUAAGCAUUGCCAAUGUCUUCUUGGGGUUUCAUAUGGUUCAUUUUGGGAUCAAGACUUGGCCUCAGUUGACUUACAUUGUUGCAAUCUCGUUCUUGGGAACCAUUGCCCUCGUAUUAGAAGGAGUCGCUUAUUGGAAGAGUAUCAACCCAUCAAAGACGUCCUUGCAGCAUCAAAUAGUUGCCUAG